UGGCUUUGGGGUGGGGGCUUGUGCUGCAGGGAAUCCAGCCAGGCCCCAAGAUGGACACUUCUGGGCACUUCCAUGACUCGGGGGUGGGGGACCUGGAUGAAGACCCCAAGUGUCCCUGUCCAUCGUCCGGGGACGAGCAGCAGCCGCCGCAGCCGGCAGCAGCCCCCCAGCAGCCCCCGGGACCCCUGGCGCCGCCUCAGCCCGCUCAGCUCCAGCAGCCGCCGCCGCCACCACCACAUCCCUUGUCUCUGCUCGCCCAACUCCAGAGCCAGCCCGUCCAGCCCGGCCUGCUGCACUCCUCUCCCACGACGCUCAGGGGCCCCCCUUCGGCCAACUCCACCGCCGUCCUCCACCCUUCCUCCAGGCAGGGCAGCCAGCUCAAUCUCAAUGACCACUUGCUUGGCCACUCUCCAAGCUCCACAGCCACAAGUGGGCCUGCUGGAGGCGGCCGGCACCGGCAGGCCAGCCCCCUGGUGCACCGGCGGGACAGCAACCCCUUCACGGAGAUCGCCAUGAGCUCCUGCAAGUACAGUGGUGGGGUCAUGAAGCCCCUCAGCCGGCUCAGCGCCUCCCGGAGGAACCUCAUCGAGGCCGAGCCUGAAGGCCAGCCCCUCCAGCUCUUCAGCCCCAGCAACCCCCCCGAGAUCGUCAUCUCGUCCCGGGAGGACAACCGUGCCCACCAGACCCUGCUCCACCACCCCAACGCCACCCACAACCACCAGCACAGCGGCACCACCCCCAGCAGCGCCACCUUCCCCAAAGCCAACAAGCGGAAAACCCAGAACAUUGGCUAUAAGCUGGGACACAGGAGGGCCCUGUUUGAAAAGAGGAAGCGGCUCAGUGACUAUGCUCUGAUUUUUGGGAUGUUUGGAAUUGUUGUUAUGGUGAUAGAGACCGAGCUCUCUUGGGGUUUGUACUCAAAGGACUCCAUGUUUUCGUUGGCCCUGAAAUGCCUUAUCAGUCUGUCCACCGCCAUCCUCCUGGGCCUGAUCAUUGCCUACCACACGCGGGAGGUCCAGCUCUUCGUGAUCGACAACGGCGCGGACGACUGGCGCAUCGCCAUGACCUACGAGCGGAUCCUGCACAUCAGCCUGGAGAUGCUGGUGUGCGCCAUCCACCCCAUCCCCGGCGAGUACAAGUUCUUCUGGACCGCCCGCCUGGCCUUCUCCUACGCGCCGUCGCGGGCGGAGGCCGACGUGGACAUCAUCCUGUCCAUCCCCAUGUUCCUGCGCCUCUACCUGAUCGCGCGGGUCAUGCUGCUGCACAGCAAGCUCUUCACCGACGCCUCGUCCCGCAGCAUCGGCGCGCUCAACAAGAUCAACUUCAACACGCGCUUCGUCAUGAAGACGCUCAUGACCAUCUGCCCCGGCACGGUGCUGCUGGUCUUCAGCAUCUCGCUCUGGAUCAUCGCCGCCUGGACCGUGCGUGUCUGCGAAAGGUACCAUGACCAGCAGGACGUGACCAGUAACUUCCUGGGCGCCAUGUGGCUCAUCUCCAUCACAUUCCUGUCCAUCGGCUACGGGGACAUGGUACCCCACACAUACUGCGGGAAAGGCGUCUGUCUUCUCACCGGCAUCAUGGGUGCGGGCUGCACCGCCCUGGUGGUGGCCGUGGUGGCCCGCAAGCUGGAGCUCACGAAGGCCGAGAAGCACGUGCACAACUUCAUGAUGGACACGCAGCUCACCAAGCGGAUCAAGAACGCAGCAGCCAACGUCCUCCGGGAAACGUGGCUCAUCUACAAGCACACGAAGCUGCUGAAGAAGAUCGACCACGCCAAAGUCAGGAAGCACCAGCGCAAGUUCCUGCAGGCCAUCCACCAACUGAGGAGCGUCAAGAUGGAGCAGAGGAAGCUGAGCGACCAGGCCAACACGCUGGUGGACCUCUCCAAGAUGCAGAGCGUCAUGUACGACCUGAUCACGGAGCUCAACGACCGGAGCGAGGACCUGGAGAAGCAGAUCGGCAGCCUGGAGUCCAAGCUGGAGCACCUGGCCGCUGGCUUCGGCUCCCUGCCCCUGGUCAUCGCCGACGCCCUGCGCCAGCAGCAGCAGCUCCUGUCCGCCCUCGCCGAGGCCCGGGCCGGCCCCGCGGGCGCCACCCGCACGCCCCCGCCCUCCGACAGCCCCCUCGGGGUCAGCUCCACCUCCUUCCCGACCCCGUACACGAGCUCAAGCAGUUGCUAGAUAACCCCCCUCCAGAAGCAUUACCCAUAGGUCUUAAGAUGCAAAUCAACUCUCUCCUGGUCACUUUGCCAUCCAGGACCCACCGGACCAGGGACCGUCAAGAGGAGAGACCGAGCUCAUGACCCGACUCGUGUCCAUUCAGCGUGCUUGGUUCGAUAUGCCUUGAAACCAGAAAUCUAAUCUCUGUUUAGGUGCCUCCGCUUGGGAGCAGGAAGAGGAAGUGGCAGAACCCGGCCCCAGGCGGCGCCCUGGCUGCAGGGCUGGGGCGGAACAGAAAUCCACGCUCCAUCUCAGGUCUCGGGGGAGGGCCGGGGGCGGGGCGGGUGCAGCAGGGCGGCCCGCGGAGGAGCCCAGGACAGGGUCCCUCGGGGGUGGUGUCAGGCUUGGGCGGGGGUCCCUCACCACUGGGGUCCUGAGCACACCCCUCUCCACGCCAUUUGUCUCAGAAAGCUUCUGGGCGACAAAAGGCAGGGAGAGCCCCACAACCUGCCAAAACAGACGUGCUUUCCUCCCGUACUUUAACCAGUCAUAAAACCCAAUUUAGACUAAAAGAGAGAGAGAGAAAGAAAUAAAAAGCCAGAUUUUGCUGUGUGUCUACAAGUGUGUGCACGCACACCCCCUACACUCAACGCAGGCCUGGCCUGGCUUGAGCCCGACCCGAAGAGUCGGGGACCUGACACCUUGUCCCGCACACAGCUGGCACCAGACGCAUGUGGAGUUGGCUUGAACCCGAGUGCGGGUGCCUUCAGCUCAGGUAGUCUGCUGGCAUCGGGCACAUUCUGGGCUUCCCUGAAGAUGGGGACCCCUUCAGACACGGCCCAGGCGCCCGGCCUGGACGCACACCAGCCUUGAGGGGUUUGAGACGAAUGCCGGCCGCCCUUGCCAGCUUCUGAGAGAGAAGCAGCCUUUUGAAAAUAACAGCCUGUGCCAAAUUUUCUCCUUAUAUCCGAACAGCUGUGUUCCAGGGGAGCAGGUGACCGUGUGUCCAUGUGGGGAGGGGGGCGUGUAAACACAGGUGCAGCCCUGGGAGACCCCCUGGAGGUGGUGC